GUCGAUGGCACCUUCCGUCUCCUUGUUAGUUAGUCAGUGUACCUUGAUAUAGCUCACCAGGCAAUCCUACAGGCUCUGUGAUCAUUGGACGUUCCCAUGGACUCUGACUGGACCCAUCUCAGGCUUUGGAGUCUUUACUGUAUGACUGUCUACUUUAUUGCAAGUUCUGGUGGUGCAGGUGAGCUGAACUUCUCUCACUUGCAGUGUGCGGGUUUCUUGCAGUUGUGCACCAAUGGCAGCUGCCUGCAGUUCUGUGGGGAGCAGUGGAAUGAGGAGAGUAGCCGUGUGGCCUGUGCUCAGCUCAACUGUGGAACUCUUCUGUCUCUUACUAAUCUGAGUGACUCCAGAGACAGACAGAGACAGCUUGAUACACAGGGGUACCGGUGCCACGGGAAUGAGAGCUCUAUUGACCAGUGCCCAAGAUGGGAGGAGAAGGAGAAUUGUACUGGGGACCUGGUGUUCCUCGUCUGUACAGGACUGGGAGAGGCACAAUCAGCGGAGAACACGAGAGCAGAAAUAAAAGGUGACAAGGAAGAAACUGAUACAGACUUGUCUUCAGCUUCACCAACAUGUCCCACUGGUACCACAGGUGUCAGGGAGUUGCCGUGCAAUUCGGAGCCUUGUUCUAGGGGGGCGCUCCCCGUCCUUGUACUGAGCCUCCUUCUUGGCCUCUCCCUCUUCUUGUUACUGACACUGCUCUGUGGCCCCCCAAUUCUGCACAAGAUAAGAAGAAGGGUUUCCAAGAAGAAGGAGAGUCAGUGGAUCGGACCUGCAGGCGCCCGGCACAAUGCUUCUCUCCAUCAGACUCGCGCCCCAGACUUUACUCAGUCCCCAGAACAUCAGACACAACCAAAUGACUACUCUGAGACGCCGCACACCAACCUCCACUCUGCCUACCCAGCCCUGGAGAGGUUACUAAGGGUCUCGGUCCCAGACGAUUUGUCGGAGAGUGAAUACGACUUCCGCUCGCUGUGCCCCCUCUAGAUCAACUGCUUCCACUUUGCACAGACAUGGCUCCACCUCCAGCACCGCCCCCACAUGGAUUGAACUGAUUCCCCCAAAUGUGUCUGAUAUGUCAUGUGACCAAAUGAGCUGCAGGAGCCCCUCUUGUGUAUUUCACCCCUUUAACCAUAGUAUGAAGUCGGAAUUCAAGUCCAUGGACAUGAGCCGAUACUCCAGGUGGCUACAAAACGACUCAUCGGCAUAGUAUAUGGAGUAGAGUAUAGAGUAGGACAUAUAGUAGAGUAUGGAGUAGAGCAUGGUGUAGGGCAUAUAGUAGAGUAUGGAGAAGGGCAUGGAGUAGACCAGUGAUCCCCAACCAGUAGCUCAUGAGUAACAUGUUUCUCUCCAACCCCUUGGAUGUUGCUCCCAGUGGCCUCAAAGCAGGAGAUUAUUUUU